AUGGAGGAUGUGGAAUCGAGCGCAAGCAAGGGUGACCCAAACGAAGGUAGCGACGUUGCCGUGCUCGAACCGAAUCCAUUGCUGUCAUUACCUGUGGAGUCGAAACUCAAUGCGCCUCCACCUUGCGAGUUGCUGCAGACCAGCUCAACCAAGCUGCCACAAGAGACCUCGGAGGUUCCUGACACAAGUCAUGUCGUUCCCAGUGGUGCCGAACUUCUAAAUGUUCCCGACGUGCCAUCUCCGGUUGAUGCGACCGCAGCAUCAGAGAUGAAUCAAGUCGAAUUGCCCAAGGUAGACCUCAUGUCGGUGUCGGCGGCAGUCCCACCCGCCCCAAUGAUUCCCGACGUCCUCUCCUUGGCCAAUGCCGACUUUGUCCGCCCUCCAGAUGCUCCUGCCGCAAUGUUGCAGCUCCCCACCGCCAACACUGACCAUUCGUCCCCAAACGAGCCUGACCCCACGCCAGCGCCGUCGCCAUUCCGUUUGAUUUUGCAAGAUAAUGCAGUGUCUGUCCAGGAACAGAGCGUCAUGCCGUCAUCAAGUUUUGCUUCCAGCGGUCGCAAGUCUGCGAGAGCGGAGCAACUCACGGUGGAAACGUCGACUGCAGUCAGUCCCCGGCAGAAAUCGUCUCCGUUGCACGUGGAGGUGCCGUCGUCCCCUCGCCGCAGCUCCAAAACUAGCAUGGCCAGCCCCCAUCCGCCGCAGUCCCACGACGAUGUCGCAUCCGACUGGAUGGUCUGUCGAACCGACGCCGGCGACACUUAUUACUACAACAUCCAACGACAGGAAUCCCAAUGGUCGACCCCCCGGUCCCUCCAACCACUCGACCGCCCGCCCCCUCUUCAAGCGUCCAUCGAAUUCGAGCCGGACUGCCUCCAUGUCGCUGUUUCCAAUGGAGACUUUGCUCGCGUCCAAGAACUUCUUGCAGCGGGCGUUGCGGUCGACCGACUAGACGACGACGGCCGAACGCCUCUGUGGUAUGCACUGGAGCACUUGGAUAUCGCCGUCGUGCUACUCAACCAAAGCCACUCGAAGGAGUAUAUUGUGGCCCAGGACAACUUUGGCACCACGCUGUUGCAUGCCGUCACACGGCAGCGCAACAUUGAAAUGCUCACGUUGUUGCUACUGCAAGUCGAAUCGGCCGACGAAGGGUCGUCCGGUCGAAUCGAUGCAUGCGACCGUGUGGAUGUCGAUGCUCGGGACAGCCACCAACAGACGGCGCUGCAUGUGGCCGCGACAUUUGGCUUUCGAAAAUGCGUUGACAUGCUCUUGGCCCACGGAGCGUCCCCGGCAGUGCUGGACGAAAACUCGCACACGCCCAUCAUGCUGGCGACGCUCGGAGGGCAUGUCGGUUGCGUCCAGUUGCUGCAAGUCGCCCUGGCCGCGUUGCUCAAACAAACCGAAGUUGCUGUGCAAGCCAUGCCAGUCCAGGAAAGAACAAGUGGCCGCGAUGACAAGAGCGCUGGAGGCAAGCGCGAAAUGCAGCGGGCCAACCAACAGCUCCUGGGGGAAGUCGAGCGAUGUCGCCGAAGCAUGUCGGUGCACAUGCGCGAGAAAGAAGCACUGGAAACGGCAUAUCGCAUCGCAAAUUCGCGACUGGCAAUGCUGGAGGCACUGGCGAAACGCACGGCCGAGGACCAUCUCCACGCAACGCAAUUGUGGCAACAAAAGGUCGGCCAUUUGUAUUCUGCUUCUAAUUGA